AAAUUGUGAAUUUGAAAUAAAAUUAUAGUUUUUUAUACUUAACUAAAUAAAUAUAAUUUUUAUUCUAAGCUAUAUUUAGUUAUUAAGUGUAUAUAGUGAUUAUUGACCUAUUUAUUUAUUUUUCGUUAAACAAGAAUGCCGACAAUAUCAGUAAAACGUGAUGCUCUCUUUGCUGCUCUAGGAAAAAUAUACACUGAUGAAGAAUUUCAAGAUUUAUGUUUUGAAUUUGGGCUGGAGCUGGAUGAAGUUACCACAGAAAAGCAGAUGCUGAUCAAGGAACAAGGGGACCAGGCUGGCACAGGAGUCUCUGAAGAGAUAUUAUAUCGAAUAGAUAUCCCUGCUAACAGAUAUGACCUGCUCUGCUUGGAGGGGCUCGUCAAUGGCAUACUAGUUUUCCAGGGCAAAAAAGAACCACCCGCAUAUAGACUUGCAAAAUAUGAAGACAUCUAUUCUCUACAUUUAACUCCUGCAACUGCUCAAAUAAGACCAUAUGCAGUAGCGGCCAUUCUUAAAGGAGUCUCUUUCACUAAGGAAAGCUACAACAGUUUCAUUGACUUGCAGGACAAAUUGCACCAGAACAUCUGUAGAAAGAGAAGCCUAGUAGCCAUCGGCACUCACGACUUGGACACCAUCCAUGGACCCUUUGUAUAUGAUGCCUUGCCUCCAAAUGAGAUUAAAUUCAGAGCUCUCAAUCAAACUAAGGAAAUGACAGCUCCUGAACUCAUGGAACUAUUUUCUACACAUGCCCAGUUAAAGCAGUACCUAGGCAUCAUCAGAGACAGCCCAGUGUACCCUGUGAUCAAGGACAAGAAGGGCGUAGUACUGUCCAUGCCACCGAUCAUCAAUGGCGAUCAUUCCAAAAUCACUCUGGAUACGAAGAAUGUGUUCAUUGAGUGUACGGCUACGGAUCUCACUAAGGCUAUAAUAGUGCUAGACACAAUAGUAUGCAUGUUUUCCGAGUACUGCUCCAGCAAGUAUGAAGUGCAGCAAUGCAAGGUGUUUGGUCCGGACGGCACGUACGAACUGUACCCCCAGCUGCGGUACCGGGAUGAACUGAUCAACGUUGAUAAGGCUAACAACUAUAUUGGUAUCAGGGAAAAUGGCAACAACUUAGCCGCAUUGCUAUCUCGCAUGUGUCUGACGACAACACACGAGGAUUCCACACUGCGCGUGCACGUGCCGCCCACCCGCCACGACGUCAUACACGCCUGCGAUCUGUACGAAGACAUCGCUAUUGCGUAUGGAUACAAUCGCAUAGAGCGCCGCCCAUGCGAGGUGGUGACGACUGGCGGGCAGGUUCCUCUCAACAAGGUCACAGAACAGCUGAGGCAAGAGUGCGCGCACGCAGGGUUCACCGAAGCUCUUACCUUCACGCUUUGUUCCCGUGAAGACAUCGCAUCCAAACUUGGUGUUAAAAUCGAGGCUGUUCCGGCGGUGCACAUCUCCAACCCCAAGACCCUGGAAUUCCAGGUGGUGCGAACCCUCCUCCUACCUGGUCUGCUGAAGACCCUCUCCGCUAACAAGAAAAUGCCCUUGCCAUUGAAACUGUUUGAAAUUAGCGAUGUCGUGCUCAAGGAUGAUAAAGCAGAGACCGGAGCACGCAACGAGCGUAGACUGUGCGCGGUAUACUGCGGCAAAGCAGCUGGCUUCCAGUUUGUUCAUGGACUUCUAGACCGCGUGAUGGCCUUGCUGAGACAGCCCUGGGACAAGCAGACUGGAUACUACUUGAGGCAGUGCGAUGAUCCAGGCUACUUCCCCGGAAGAUGCGCAGAGGUGGUGCUCCGCGGGCAGGCGAUAGGCAAGGUGGGGGUCGUUCACCCGGACGCGCUGGCGGCCUUCGAUCUAACCAACCCCUGCUCCGCCGUCGAGAUCAAUAUUGAACCUCUUUUGUAGAUUCUGUGAGAUGAAUGCAUCUUUUGUUGGUAUCAAUAAAUAAACUGGUCUUUGUAAAACUGACUUC